GCUCUGUGGAAUAUUUGAGCAUCUUUAAGCUCACGCUGUCAAUUUUACAGCAACGUAACUCUUCAUCUGUGAUGUUUUAUGCAACUGAAUUCACAUGUAAAAACCUGUAUCACACCCACUCUCCAUUAGCUGAGUACAACUGACAUGGACCCUGGAACCUCCUGGAGUCUCUGGCUCUUUAGCUGCUGAGCUGAACCAUCAAUGCGCCGUAAAGCAAAACCCUCAGCAGAGGCUCAGUGUUAAUGGCUCACCUGUCUGUCACUAUGAAUGACUCUCACCUCAUCAGGAUUCCCAACACCACAUUCAGUUGGAUUUCAGCCUUAGAUGUUGGUGUUGUGGUUCAGGUCUCAUUAGAAAACACUUAUUGUACUGAUUCAGAGUCAGUUUUACAGUUUAAGCUCUCAGUGUUUAAGCCCAUGUCUGUCCCAUCAUUUCAGUGCUCGUAUACGUCCAUGCCAGUGGCCACCUAUGCUACAGUGACUGUGGUUACACUGGGCUCACGCGUAAGAGGUUUUUCACAUCAUAGUUCUUGAGUAUUUUUCCAUGUUUUUUACCUGCACAGCUGAAAACCACUCAGUUCUCCUGUAAAGCUCUGCGGCUCGUGUUGGAGACGUGGAGAACAUGACUCACUCACUUUCCCUACACAGAUGUGAUAUAGUUUCAGGUUUGGGCUUGUCGUAAACUAUUUGAACCAUAGGUGUGUUUGACCUCACCUGCACAGUCUGUACAAGAUAAUGGUGCUGCCAUCAGUACAUCUCCAUGGAGACACGAAAAUGGCAGCAAGUCAGAUUCUCACAUGUCAGAGUAAUAUGUGAGGUGAGAAUGUGUGAUUUAUAUAGUUCACGUUUGGGUUUGUAGGACAUGAAGCAGGAGGAAGAUUCUGAAAACCCCCAGAGGAAACAAGAUAAUGGUCUAAUACUGACUAUUAGUAUUACUAGUAUUUACUCUUCACGUGUGGGCAGAUGUGGAUCUGUGUGUGUCUGCAGGACUGCGUGGACCUGCUGCAGCAGCGCUUGGCUUUUCUGGUGGAGGAGAGCUCCCGCGACACGGAGCUGCUGCGGCAGGUCAGCUCAGAGCUGCUGUGUCUGCAGAGCUCCGAGGUGAAGCUGGAGGGCCUGGUGGAGGAGCUGCAUGCCGAGGCCCAGCACAGAGCGGCCGUGGCAGAGGGCCUCCGGGCGGAGCUGCACGCUGAGGCCCAGGGCCUGCACACGGAGCUGCGCAGGAAGUCGGUGGAGCUGGAGAAGCUGCAAGACGUCAACAACACUCUGACAGAGGAGCUGAAGGAUUUACACAGAACUCAUCAGAAGGAGGUGAGCGAGCUGCAGCAGGAGAACGAGAGGAGUUUGGGGAAACUACAGGAGACGGCGGAGCAGUUUGAGUGGCUGUGCCAGCAGCAGCGAUACUGGAUGUGCUGCGUGAAGAGGUUCAAAGACUGUCUGAUGGAGGAGCGAGAGGCUCUGCUGCAGCAGGUCUGUAAGCUGCAGCAGAGGGCUGAGAAGCUGAAGAUGAGUUCAGGCCGACCCGGUCCCACGCGGAGCCUCAUCUGCCCCCUGCAGGACCCGGAGCGCUGCGACAGCGGCGGUGGUUCAGCCUGGCAGGCGGAUGCAGAGAAUGACCUCCAGCAUCAGAUGGAGUCAGAAACGCUGUAUGAAGAGCUCUUUCACCAGUCUGGGACUCCUAUCAACGGAUACCAAAAACCUCCGUGAGGACAGAAACCAGGAGCCCGGCCUCGUCUUCCUCCUCUCCCCACCUUCUGCAAACCAGGAGAUAAAGACUAGAUGUUUGUUUGUGCGGUCAGUGACGUGGAAAACCUCCAAGUCAUUGUCUGCAACGAAACGAACCCUGUUGGAAAAACAAACCUGUGACUCUGGACGUUCACUGUUUAUCCUCCUCUAUUGUUCACCUGCCUUGAAAGGAAUGUGCUGCAUGAUGUACGGCUGAAUUAAAGCUCCCAACGGCU